AUGUCUAUGGAUAAAUUUGAAAGCAUAUUGAAGGAGUUGGCAGCAUUGCCACCUCCAGGUGUGUCAGGUAAUCGUAUAAAGGCUUUAGUUGAAAUUUCGUUGACUGAUUUUGACAAGGAGAAGGAGAGUAAAGUCAUCGCAGCUCUUUAUUCUAGUUGUAAAGCUUCGCCAUCUUUGAAUAAGUUGGGAACUUUGUAUGUUGUUGAUGCAAUUGCCAGAAGAUACAAAGAUGAGGCAUUGGCUCAGGGACAAACGAUUGAUGCAAAUGCAGAGGACGGAACUUUUGCUUCAGCAGUUUAUAAAAUUAGUGAGUUGAUCGAAAGUAUUCUUGAUGACGCCAUGGAAUACCAGAUAAAUCCCUCGGUGAGAUUGAAGAUCCUGAAAUUGUUAGACAUUUGGGAAAAGCAUCAAACAUUUGAUCAAGCAACCAUCAAAAGAAUGAAGGAUAAGCAUUUCAAGUCAACAACACCUCCGGGUACACCACCAAAGACUAGUGUAGAACCUACUAGACCUUCAUCUAAAAGUGAAGAUUCAUCAAGUAUUUUACUGGCUCUCACCUCUUUGGCACAAGGAGGAGCUGUCUCAAAUUCGACAAAUUCAAAUGCCGACGCAGCAGCUUCAAUACUAUCUUCUACUACUACAUUAAACCCAGGAGCGACUGGUGGUGGUAGUAGUAGUAGUAGUAGUAUUAGUAAUAAUAAUAAUGGUGACAAUAAUGCUGAGAAUAUUCUUUCUCGAUUGUCUGCCUUGGCAGGAAAUGCUCAUGGCAACAAUAUUGGCCAUCAACAACCUGCAUCAGCAACUGCUAAUGGAUCCGUAUCUGGACCAGCUGCUCCAUCCUUUGGUGGAGCUCCGGGAACCGGACAAGACGUUUUGAACAUGUUGCAACAGAUGCGUGGUGCACCUGCUGAAUUCUCUUCUGGCCGUUCCGAUCAUGGAAGAUUCGGUCUGAGAGAACAACAUCAACAUCAACAACAGCAAGGUAGAAGGAACAGAUCCAGAUCUCCUGUUAGAGGCGCUCGCUCUCCGCCUUCUAUUAGAUCACCACCCGCAACUUCUUCUGUGUUUGCUUUGCAACAAAAUAUGCAGAAUUUGAAGCAACAGCAACAACAAGCAGCGGCUGCUUCAGCUUCGUCAACUUCUUCUGGCACCCGUUCACAAGGAUAUCAAUCUCCUUCUCAUAUGUAUCAACAACCAUAUCAACAACAACAGCAGCAGCAGCAACAACAACAUCAAUCGCUGUAUGGACAGCAGAAUCGCAACCUGCAUCAAAAUCCAGCAUUUGCCUCGCCAUCAGAUAUGGGUGGAGAAAUGAAUUUGCCUGGUACCCCUCAUUAUAGACCAAGAAAUGUUAGUUUUGACCCUACAUUACCACAAGGCACAAUAAAGGUGUUGUCGAGAACUCUUUUCCUUGGUGGUGUUCCAAGAAAUAUGGAUCAAAGAAUGUUGACGCAAGUGUUACGACCAUUUGCUGACGUUCAAUCUGUUGUCCUCAAUAGUGACAAGAAAAUUGCUUUUGUUAAAGUUUACUCUAGAAAGGAAGCCGAACAAGUUAUUAUGUCAUUCAAUAAGGAUAACUCUCUACCAUUGAGAACACGUUGGGGUGUUGGAUUUGGUCCUAGAGAUUGUUGCAAUUACCAAAACGGUGUCUCAAUUAUUCCAAUCGAUAGAUUGACCGAGGCCGAUAAGACGUGGUUUGUUAGUGCGCAAUGGGGUGGAACUGGCGGACAACCUAUGGCAAGUGGAAUGGUGGUUGAUGAGCCAGAUAUUGAAAUUGGUGCGGGUAUCUCCUCAAAGGCAAUGUCUAGGAAGAUGCCUACAAAUUCAGCUAGAAAUGGUCCCAAGUCCAAUAGGCCAGGGGAGCCAGAUGACGCAUAUGCAAGAACAACCUUGUUGCAGCCGCAAGGUCCUAUUCAAAUGAGUCAUGGAGAUCAACCACAAUUCAAUACAUUCCAACAAUCUUCGGUAAACCCGUUGCAGAAUCUUUUUGGAAAUGCCAGUGCUAAUGGGAAUGGAAACGGUAACAUUGGUUCUCCUCAAACAAACAUAAACCCAUUACCGCAAUUCCCCGGACAAUCAGGAGGUGCGCAACAGCCAUACGGUUUUCAAGGAGCUCCUCCACUUGCUGCUAGUGGAUAUCCCCAAAUUCCAGGUAUGGCUAAUCCUGCAGAUAUGCCACCCGAAGUUGCGAAAUACUUUAUGCAGGCAUUGCAACAACAACAACAACAGCAGCAGCAGCACCGUUAA